AUGGAGGGUCCAUCUUCGCCGUCGUUGAAACUUAAGGCGGAGUGGGGUCCGGCCAUCUGCAUGGUGCUGAUCGAGGUGUUCACGACGGGGCAGAUGCUGCUCACAAAGGUGGUAGUCGACGCGGGGCUCUUCGUCUUCGCCCUCCUCACCUACCGCUUCUUCCUCGGCACCCUGCUCGUCGUCCCGCUCGCCAUCAUCUUCGAGAGAGGGAAGUGGAAGGAGAUUAAAUUGAAGGCAUUCAUAUGGAUUUUUACAAGUGCACUUGUAGGGUUCACAAUUCCUGGUCUUUACUACAUUGGUCUGGGAGAUACGUCACCCGGAUAUGCCAUCAAUUUUUACAACAUCAUCCCGAUAGCCACAUUCGUCCUUGCUAUUCUUUUCAGGAAGGAGCCUUUGAACUUGAAGAGCCUGGUAGGAAACAUCAAGGUGAUAGGAACCCUAGUUUGUGUUGGGGGGACACUGGUCAUCAGCCUCUACAAAGGCAAAGUGCUUCAUCUCUGGCCUACCAACAUCAUCGGGUACCACCCCAAGCAAUCUGGAUCAGCGUUUGGGCACCACCAUAUGCGUGGAACCGUCUUGCUCAUCGUCAGCUGCUUGAGCCUGGCCGUCUGGUACACAGUGCAGAAUGUUCCUACUGUCAGACUGAAUGGCCCAGAUGCUGAAAGUGUUCCCGUACAAGUACUGGUCCACAGUUGCCACAUGCUUCGCGGGCUGCAUCCAAAUGGCUGUUGUAGGGGUCGCAAUGAACAGAGAAAAGGCGACUUGGCAGCUGAAAUGGAACAUGAGCCUGCUUACAAUUGUUUAUUCGGUAAAUCUGGCAAUCCUCAAUAUUAA